AUGCCGCCCACACCUCUAACCACCACCCCGGAAAUCCUCGCUCUUCUUCAAGAGCUACAUACCAAAUCCCUCAAUCAAGAAUCUGCUGUGGACUGGAGCAGCCUGCCAGCACAAUGUACCGACGAAUUCGACUCCAUUAUGCUGGACAAGUUCAUUGCCCUUGAUCAGGACAAAUGCGAGCUUGUCUAUCAUAUCUUGCGCAGUACGAAUGCAAAGACAGUUGUCGAGGCUGGUACUAGCUUUGGUGUCAGCACCAUCUAUCUUGCUCUUGCUGUUGCGGAGAACGCAAAGCGCGCUGGCUCCGGGAUCCCGAGGGUCAUUGCCACGGAAAAAGAGGCUUCCAAGGCUAAGCUUGCAAGAGGGCAUUGGGCUAGUGCUGGCAAGGAAGUUGAGAAUGUGAUCGAUCUCUCCCCGUUCUGGACACCACUUGCCCUCCCUGCCCUGAAGCUCGUCCAGCCCAACCUGAGACCAGGCGCUGUGAUCAUCGCGGACAACACAAUCAUGGCUGGGGACAAGUACACGGAACUCUUUGCAUACGUCGAUGCAGAGGGGAGUGGAUUCCGACGAGUGACGUUGCCAUACAACGGAGGCAUGGAUAUGAUUGUGUAUCAGUAA